UAUACUCCCUGUUUAAUUUCGGUUGUACGUUAAGGGGAAACGGGCUUUAAACGUUGAAAAAACUGAAGCAUUAAGGAUAAAUCCCAUGGCAGACCAAAAUGGUCACAUUGAUCUUGGCCCACCAAAGGAAGCGGUGGAAGGUGUAGGCUUCCCAGCUCCUCCCCCACCCAUCUACGCCUGCACCCUGACUCCUGAACUAGUGGCCAAGGCACGUGAAGAGCUCCAGGAGAAGCCCGAAUGGAGGCUCCGGGAUGUCCAGGCAUUACGAGAUAUGAUACUAAAAGACCACCCCAAUCUGAGGACACGGUUAGACGAUGCAUUCUUGCUUCGUUUCCUCAGGGCCAGAAAGUUUGAUUAUGACCGGGCUCUUCAACUGCUCUUGAAUUAUCAUGCCAGUCGGAGAGCCUGGCCUGAGGUGUUUCAGGACCUUAAGCCCUCCACAGUGAAGCACGUCCUAGAUCUGGGUUUUCUCACUGUCCUGCCCAGACCAGAUCCUCACGGACGAUACAUACUGUGUUUACGACCAGGUAAAUGGAAGCCUAAUGAUUACCCAUUUGUGGACAACAUUCGGGCUAUUUAUUUGACAUUAGAGAAGCUGAUUCAGCCUGAGGAAACCCAAGUGAACGGAAUUGUUAUCCUGGUGGAUUAUACAGGAGUUGGCCUCUCUCAAGCCUCUAAUCCAGGACCGCUUUUGGCAAAGAAAGUUGUCGGUAUCCUUCAGGAUGGCUUCCCAAUCAGAAUAAAGGCUGUAAACAUUAUAAACGAGCCACGUAUCUUUAAGGGCAUUUUUGCAAUAAUUAAGCCAUUUUUGAAAGAGAAAAUGGCAGAGAGGUAUGUCCUGCAUGGCUCAGACUUGGCCUCCCUCCAUCGAGUCAUUCCUCAGUCUGUGCUGCCUCAAGAGUACGGAGGAGCGGCCGGAAGACUUGACAUGUCUGCCUGGUCCAGAACGCUGCUGGAGGCUGAGGAAGAGUUUGUGGUGGAGUUCUGUCAGCCGGAUCCUCUGGAGGGCGUCGUUCUGCCAGACUCCAUGCUGUUCGAGGGAGAGCAGGCCGGCGCACAUGGAGAGGAUUCCUUCAGACAUCUACGUUCCCAGCUUUAUUAUUGUUACUGACCUCCUGCUGAUGUGUAACGGCUUCUUUUGAAACAUUUGUUUAGCUGUCACCAACUAUGUAUUGACCGGUCACCGGAUGAGUAUGGCCAUUUAAAAUAUCUGGUACAGAUGGCUUUUUUUUAGAUGCUGGAUAUAUUCUAAUUGCUUUGGCUUAAACCAUAUGUUUUAAAACUUGAUUUAAAUUCAUUUCCAGAAUACUCAUAGCCAGGAUUUUAGUCUGUGUCUGUAUUUGUUACAGUAAGUAUUUAAAUGUGUAAUGUAAUUCUCAGCACUCCAUCACUUAUUUUAUGGCACAAAUCAAAUAUCGCUGGCUCUGAUUUACAGUGAAGGGAAAAUUAUAUAUAUAUAAAGGUAAAUUAAAUAGAUGUAGAUAGCACAUUGGAGAUAUUCAAAGCAAUAACAAUGUGCAAUUUUACAUAUAAAAGCCUCAGUGCAAAAAAAUUAUUUUAACCUACACAGUACAAAAUAAUGACCAUGGUUAUUUCCAAUUUGUGGACAGCUCUAUAAUAUUGUUUCCCUUAUGUCUUUUACUGUUCAUGAGUGUGUUACAUUUUUGUACACACAAUACCGUUGUCAUUAUAAGUUACAUGAUAAACUUAGACAUGCACAGCAUAGAUCAAGCUGAGGUCAAUUAGCUACUCAUUUACAUCUCAACAACACGUAUUUUAAAAGUUAAGUGGCCAAUUCACAAUGUGUGUUUGUAUAUUGCCAUUUGCCAAAUUUGUUCAGAUGAAUAUUAAUCUUUAAUGUUGUAUACACCUUGUAAGGAUAACUGUUUUGCUUUUAAUUCAAGCUUUAAGGGAUGUAGUUUAAUUUAUUUUGUCUUACCGAGCACAUUUUAUGCCUUAUUUUUAAGCCUUAUGUUUAAAGUCAGUAUUGUAGACAUAUCUUAUUAUUUCAAUAUUUUGUGAAACAGUCAAUAAAGAUGAUAAUUUUCAAAGUUAA